AUGGCAGGCGACGAAGCUGCAACAAGUGACGUUUCGGCAGCUGAGACAAGGGCCUUGCCGCCGUUGAGCAUCAUGAAUUCAAUACAUACAACCGUAUGGCAGAUCAGAUGGAACAAUUCGUACGUUAGCCUCACUGGCAAAGCCGCAGCUUGUCAUGCUAACUUCGUAUCGCAGCACAACUACUUCCGCCAGACUUGGACCCUCCUCUGGACAGCGGCGACCACCUCCCGGCGCCCCCAGAAUCUCGCCCAGAGGCAAUUCCUCAACGAGGCCAUCUCCUUUGCUCGCCACCUCUCGGCGCAUCAUGGCAUCGAAGAAGCUCAUAUAUUCCCGCUUCUCGCGACACGCAUGCCCGAGUUUGACGCCAAGAGAGGGAGCUUGGUGAAGCAGCACGACCAGAUCCACAAGGGGCUGGAGGAUUUCGAGACGUACGUGAAGCAGUGUCAUGCGGGAAGGGAGGAUUUCGAAAUGGGUGUUUUGAGGGAAAAAAUGGAAGGGUGGGAAGGGGUGCUGUGGAAGCAUCUGGACGAGGAGGUCAAGAUGUUGGGCGCGGAGAGGAUGAGGGCCGUCUGGAGCAAGGAGGAGAUGAUGAGGAUGCCCAUGUGA